AUGUCUGGGCCCAUACGUGGCGGCAUCAGGUUGCUGCUCAUCCGCCAUGGCGAGUCCGUUGACAAUGCUAAGAACUUAGCGAAGCACCUGUCGGAGAGGGAUGACGUUCGGGAUGCGAGCGCCACUGUCCUCUUCGCCUCGGACCUGGAAAGGGCCUGGCACACGGCUGACGUCGUGCGGGAGGCUCUGUCGAUAGCAGGUAGUCCCUCUGUCGCGGACGCCGUUGUCCAGUCUCGGGACCUCCGCGAGAAGCACUUUGGCUCGCUGGAAGGCGUCAAGCUUGGCAGGCUGGGCCCCAUGGCGUCCAGCCACCAGCCCGCCGACAAACCCGAGACGUCGGACUCCAUGAUGGUGCGUGCCUACGCUUUUCUGCGCGCACACCUCAUCCCCAUCGUCGAGGCCUACCGCGCCAGGGCCGAGGCCGACCCAGAGCGUGUCGAGACAGUCGUGGUCGUGUCCCACGGCAUCUUGCUUAAUCAUUUGGUGAGGGCCUUGCUCGGCCUGUUCCAGCAGGCCGGACGUCCCAUCCUGGGGCUUACCAUCGACCAUGGUCCAGGACAGGCGAACCUGCACCUGCCUUGGCGCAACACGGGCUACUGCGAAUGCUGGAUCGGGUUCACGGGCUCCUCCCCGGAAUCCGAAGAGCCCGUCGCGCAGCCCGUCUCCGGAGCGCCGCUCGCGGGCCUCCAACUGGAGGUGCUGGGAAUCAACUGCAUCGAGCACCUAGCGAGCUUGAAAAAGACGCGUGGUGGCAUCGGGAGUGCCAAGUUCGAUGCGAGCCAAAAGACGCUCGAUACCUUUUUCACCAAGAAGCCUUGA